AUGGCAGUCGCCUCUUAUUUGCCCCAAACUCUUCAGGAACGAUCAUCAGACUCUGAGUGUGCUAUAACGGGGACAUCUAGCUCUCUUGUCAAGGCCCUCGAGCAGCACAAAAAUGGCGUCGUCUCAUCUCAAUCCGUCGAGGGGCAAGCCGCUGAGAUUGAAGUCACCGCAUACUUCCAUGUUGCUGUUUUUGCCAACUCUACCGAAGAUACUGCUACCAACGAAAUGAUCACGGCCCAAUUCGAGUUACUGAAAGAUACAUAUGCCCUCUACGGGAUCAAUCUCAGUCUAGGAGGUAUCGCUCGCGAGGUCAACGACACCAUCGCUGUUCUUUCGGUCUGGAAUCUGGAUCCAACCGACACGUGGAUUACUGGCUCCUCACCCGAAACCGAGGAUUACUGGAAGCGGACCAGAACGGGUUCCUAUGAAACUCUGCAUGUUUACUACUAUGAGGAUCUCAUCGGCACUGCAGCCUUUUGCAACAUCGUCAUACCUGAUCGUCCAAAGUCUGAUUACUUCCUCGACGGAUGCCACCUUCGAAAGAAUGUGCUCCUAGGCGAAAAGAACGCGCCUUAUCGCGAAUAUGGAACCAGCCUCAUUCACGAAGUAGGCCAUUGGUUUGGGCUGUAUCAUGUCUUUCAGGGCGGAUGCGAAGGAGAGGGUGAUUACAUAGAUGACACCCCAGCCUCGACUGUUACCUCUGCCGACGGGACAUGCCCUCUUGGCACGAAGGACACAUGCCCGGACCUGCCUGGCACUGACAUGGUAAACAACUUCAUGGACUACACCGCAGAUCCAUGCAGAGAGAAAUUUACUCCAGGGCAAAAGACCCGCAUGCACGAUGUGUUCUGGGCUGUUCGCUCUGGAAAAUGA